AUGCAGUCCGAGUCGGGCAUCGUGCCGGAUUUCGAAGUUGGGGAGGAGUUUCAUGAAGAACCCAAAACCUAUUACGAACUCAAAAGUCAGCCGCUGAAGAGCAGCAGUUCCGAGGAGCAUCCUGGGGCCUCCAAGCCUCCGCUAAGCUCCUCCAGCAUGACAUCACGCAUCUUGCUACGCCAGCAGCUCAUGCGUGAGCAGAUGCAGGAGCAGGAGCGCAGGGAGCAGCAGCAGAGGCUGCAGGCGGCCCAGUUCAUGCAGCAGCGAGUACCUGCGAGCCCGACGCCGGCCAUCAACGUCAGCGUGCCCACUACCCUUCCCUCUGCCGCCCAGGUGCCCAUGGAAGUCCUUAAGGUGCAGACCCACCUGGAAAACCCCACCAAGUACCACAUACAGCAAGCCCAAAGGCAGCAGGUAAAGCAGUACCUUUCUACCACUUUAGCAAAUAAACAUGCCAACCAAGUCCUGAGCUUGCCAUGUCCAAACCAGCCUGGCGAUCAUGUCAUGCCACCAGUGCCGGGGAGCAGCGCACCCAACAGCCCCAUGGCUAUGCUCACACUUAACUCCAACUGUGAAAAAGAGGGAUUUUAUAAGUUUGAAGAACAAAACAGGGCGGAGAGUGAAUGCCCAACAAUGAACACACACUCCCGAGCAUCCUGCAUGCAGAUGGAUGAUGUUAUCGAUGACAUCAUUAGCCUAGAGUCAAGUUACAAUGAAGAAAUCCUGAGCUUGAUGGAUCCUGCCUUGCAAAUGGCAAACACGUUACCCGUGUCCGGAAACCUGAUUGACCUCUAUGGCAAUCAAGGACUGCCCCCCCCUGGCCUCACCGUCAGCAACUCCUGUCCAGCCAACCUUCCCAACAUCAAAAGGGAGCUCACAGAGUCGGAAGCGAGAGCCUUGGCUAAAGAGAGACAGAAAAAGGACAAUCACAACCUGAUUGAACGAAGAAGAAGAUUUAACAUAAAUGACCGCAUUAAAGAACUAGGUACUUUGAUUCCCAAGUCCAAUGAUCCGGACAUGCGCUGGAACAAGGGCACCAUUUUAAAGGCGUCUGUGGACUACAUCCGGAAGCUGCAGCGGGAGCAGCAGCGGGCGAAGGAGCUGGAGACACGGCAGAAGAAGCUGGAGCACGCCAACCGGCACCUGCUGCUCCGCAUCCAGGAACUUGAGAUGCAGGCCCGAGCACACGGCCUUUCCCUUCUUCCGUCCUCGGGCCUCUGCUCCGCGGACCUGGUGAACCGCAUCAUCAAGCAGGAGCCCGCGCUGGAGAACUGCAGCCAGGACCUCCCGCCACGCCACGCGGACCUCUCCUGCACCAGCACCCUCGACCUCACCGACGGCACCAUCAGCUUCAGCAGCAGCCUGGGCGCCGGCGCCGAGAGCAGCCAGGCCUACGGUGUCCCCACAAAAAUGGGCUCUAAACUGGAAGACAUCCUGAUGGACGACACUCUUUCUCCUGUUGGCGUAACGGAUCCACUUCUUUCGUCCGUGUCCCCGGGAGCUUCCAAAACCAGCAGCCGGCGGAGCAGCGUGAGCAUGGAGGAGCCCGAGCACGCGUGUUAG